CGUGAAGCGUUGUAUCUUGUUUUGUGGGACCGAGGACCACAGCUGAAUAUAGCGUGUCAACAUGAUACCAUGACGCUGACAUUGACAUGCAGUACUGGAGAAUAUUACAGGUCUCCAGUACUGUAUGUACACAUUGCGAAAGCAUCGUCAAAAUUGGUUGAAAGAAUGUUACAAUUUUCUGAAACGAAAGUGAAUGAGAAAGUUGAAGAGAGAGCCACAGUGACGUGGAGUGAUGAUCUUGCCAGCAUGUUAGGACUAUGGUUACGGAUUGCGUUGACGGGUGUAACGAUCGGAGACUCGGGACAAUAUACAUGUCGCAUUAUUUACCUUAAGGAGGAGAUCGACACACUUGCACUACAAGGCACCAAGAAUUUCACUGUAGGACAUUUGAUGGAGAAAAGCUAUGAAAAUCCUUCAUAUUGCAUUCCUGUUUGAUUGACGUGAUCCACUAACAUUUGCAUUUGUAUCUGAGCUACUGAAGAAAAUCGUUUGAAUAAACACUAAAACCACGCAAACGGCAUAUUGGUUGUCUUAAAAAUGAUAACUAUAUGCCCUGCUGUUACAACUGUUGACAAAGGAGAUAGCAAAACUAGCCUUGAAAUGGUGAUACAAGCAUGAAAGUCUUUGGGCAGUUCUUCAAAUGUAAUGAAUUGGCUACUAGGAAAUGUCAAAAUGGCGGUAAUUUCGUUCAAGG